CUCGGCGCCGAGUACAGCAGCUGCAGCAUGAUGACGCCCUUCCAAAGUGCCAGCCUCGAGCCGAUCCCGUUUGCGCACGGCAUCACCACACAUUUCCUCGACGACCCGGAGCUCGUGUGCUUUCUAGACCGCGAGUUCAACGAGCACAAGCCGCCGGCCAUCAAGGUCGAGCCGCUCUACGCCUUUCCGCUCGCGAUGCAGCGCUCGACGAGCAACAGCAGCUCGAGUUCGACGAGCACGGUCGACACGGACGACGACCUCGCCGCGCCGUCGCACUCGCGCCGCAAGAUCUGCGCCAUGGACGGCUGCCUCCGCAACGUCCGCUCCAAGGGCUACUGCAAGUCCCACGGCGGUGGCAAGCAGUGCAGCAUGGACGGCUGCGCCAAGGAAGCGCAAAACGGACAGUUCUGCAUCGGCCACGGCGGUGGCAAGUGCUGCAAGGUGCCCAACUGCUCCAACGCCGCGCAGUCCCAGGGCCUCUGCAAGGCGCACGGCGGCGGCGCGCGCUGCAAGUUCAACGGCUGCGAAAAGAGCUCGCAGGGCGGCGGUUUCUGCCGCACCCACGGUGGUGGCAAGCGCUGCGUCGAGCCUGGCUGCACGAAGGGCGCCCAGCGUGGCAACAAGUGCGCCAAGCACGGCGGCUGCCGAACGUGCACGGUCGGCGACUGCGUCCGCACCGACCGCGGCGGUGGCUUCUGCGAGCUUCACCGCAAGGACAAGCUCUGCAUCGCGCCGGGCUGCAAGCGGCUGCGAAAGAGCAUGGGUAUGUGCACACCGCACGUGCGCGAAUGGCGCGCGGUCCGCGGCUGCGGCGACGUCAUGCUCGGGCUCAAGACCGAAGCGCUGAGCCUCUCGAUCCACUAAGCCCACGCCACCGCCUUUUUAUCUACCACCAACUAUUAGACGACUAUUAUUUUACAACUAUAAACCUAAAUCGAGUUAGAUGCUACGUACUA